UAGUACAACUACAGUGCCGCGUAUCUGGCCAGUAGUGUGUAGCAACACAGCGCGAAGCGUUGCAAGGGCAAGUUCGCCAAUUCAGCCAUUCUUAUUACACAGGAGUCGUGCAAAAAAAAAAAAAAAAAAAGGGGAAAAAAAGGGCACAAAUAACGUUGGAUUUAUAAACGACUGCUGGAAAUAAACGGGUGCAGCCUGGAGUUUUUGGUGUAUGUGUGAAUCACGAUAUUUCUUUCUUGCUGUGAGCAAAAACAGCAUUCUCACUUUACAUGGACUCCAUCAAUUCCCUCUGGCCCGAGGAAUAGGAAUUUACUAUUCUUUAUCAAUUUUAAUUAAAGGGAAAAUUUAGGGAAUGGUGGACAAUUUCUUGUCAACUGAAGAGAAAUUCCUUUCUUACAGUGGCAUAGACUCUGCUUCACCUGUGGUGUACUACCUAUUGGAUAUGGUAUCAGACUCGGAGAGCUAUAAGGUGAUGCCUUCACCAUUCUCAGAAGAUGACCUCAGUGAUGCAUCGAGUCUGCGUUCAUGCUCUUCCCCAGAUUCCCAAGUCCUUAGCUCAAGCUAUGGGAGUUCAUCAAGCGCUGAGAGCCAGGAUGGCAUCCUCAACUUCCUGCUAUCCCAUACUUCCCUUGGUGGUGGAGUUGGCAACAAUGCCGAGGUUAGCACUGUAACCUCAACUCCUCUAGCAAGUAUCCUCUGGAACUCACAAAGGGACAGCAUGAAGGAAGAGAACUUUGACUUACCAGUCUGGUCCACCUCAAACAUGGAGGAGACACAUGCUGAACCUUUCCAGCCCACGCUGGAGGAAAUUGAAGAGUUCUUAGAAGAAAACAUGAAUGGUUUGGUGUCCCUCAAGCAUGAGGGGAACUCACACCUAGGAUUAGAGCUGGAGCUGGACCUUGGAUUGGGGACAGGAGUGGUGGUCAUGGAAGAGACCUUAUCUAGGCUACCAGAGCCAAGCACCAUUGGAUCUCAGCAUCAUUCUAAUCAAACUUUGUCAAUGGCUAAGAUUCCAUCAAACUUCAGAGUUGAGCAUGAGACCAAAAGCACAGAUAGUAUUCCAAGUAAUCAAAACCCCAGUAUGCAGACAGAGGAUGCAAUAAAGGAGGAGAUCCAAAGUAGACCUGUCUCCACUGAGAACAGCACUACAACCAGUGCCAGCAGUGGUAAUAGUGGGACACCUGUUGUUCUUCAAAUUCAACCAGUUCAAAUCAAACGGGAGGAUCAGAGCACCUGUGGGGCUGCGACUCCUGCCUCAACAACUCAGCCACCCACCACAGGCACAGACAUAAAAAUUGCCCAACUGCUUGUGAACAUCCAGGGACAGACCUUUGCACUAGUCCCUCAGAUUCUACCCUCUGCUCCCAAUUCAUCUUCAUCAUCUGCGAGGCUCAAUGGCGCAUCUAAAUUUGUGCGGAUAGCACCUGUGCCCAUUGCAGCAAAACCUGUGGGUAGUGGAGGGGAUGGUCUUGGUUUGGGAGGGUUCCAAAAUGGUCUCCUAGUCGGAGGAGCACAGAAGUUCCAGAAGAAUCCAGUGGCAGAUCUCAUCAAAAUGCACAAGUGCAACUUUCCAGGCUGUGCCAAGAUGUACACCAAGAGUAGCCAUCUCAAAGCUCACCUGAGGAGACAUACUGGAGAGAAGCCAUUUGCCUGUAACUGGCCUGGCUGUGUAUGGAAGUUUUCCCGCUCGGAUGAGCUGUCCCGUCACCGGCGGUCCCACUCUGGGGUGAAGCCGUACCAGUGUCCCGUGUGUGAGAAGAAGUUUGCCCGCAGUGAUCACCUGUCAAAGCACAUCAAAGUUCACCGCUUUCCCAGGAACAGCCGGACAGUCCGCACUGCUGCCUGAUCCCACCCCAGUUGCACUCACUGAACCACAAAAUCACAAUACAUUUGACAUGUGUCAUGCGAAAGGAAACUGAUGGACGCGUAAGAAGUAUCAUGUCUCAGCAUUUCUACUUUGCCCUCAUAUUUAUAGUGUUUUAAAUUAAAUCUCAGUGGCAGAGCAUAGGUAACAUGUAUUGUCAUCUUUGGUGCUACAUUCUGUACGGAUUACUAAAACCACUUUUCCACUGCACGGUACAGCUCGACUCGACUCAACUCGGCUCGCUUUACUUUUCUGAGCUUACUUUUCCACUGCAGUUUAGUGCCGUCUCAUCAUGGGUGCCAUCUUACACUCACCUUCACGCAGAAAUAAUGUUGUAUUAGCGAAGACCAAAUACACAAAUACACCGUCAGGCCGUAUUCCAAAUGCUUUUCCUGUUUGCUGAACAUGGACCCUAUUAAGGAUGUAAAAUGUAUUUUUAAAUUUAUAAUAUAUUAUUAUCAAUUAAUAGAACAUUACUGUACACAAAGUAUGUAUUAAAUGACACAUUUAUUUAGGCAAACUGCAGAACCACUCAUUAAGGAGAAUUCCCUACUCCUUCAGUGUGUGGCUCACAUUUAGUAUCGACUCGGCUCCCUUGGAACCUGGACCAGGUACCAGGUACUAUCCACAGUGGAAAGCCCCCGAAAAGUGAGCAGAGUCGAGUUGAGUCAAGUCGAACCGUACCGUGCAGUGGAAAAGUGCCAUAAAAAGUGCAGACCGGCAUUAAUACACACUGUGCUAAUGGGGAUCAGUCGAUUUGAAUAAGCUACGGGGACACGUUCAUAAACCACACCAUUUUUUAUGUGAGUGCGGAAUGACAAUAGAAAUGCAAAGAACAAGCACAGUGUCGACUGUACAUGUUUAAUAUGUACACCUUCAAUCAGUGUUGAAAAUCUCAUUUUUGCUUUUAAGGCAAGCUGUUUUGUAAAAAUGUGUUUGUAUUUUUUAUUAAUGUUGCCUCUUAAUGGCUCUGCUGUGUUUUUUGGCCUUAGUCAACCACAAAGCUAUUAUCUCAGGUCUGACUUGGGUGCUGGGGAUACUGUAAACCCAGUCUCAGCAUUUCAGAACAACUAAUGAGGUUGAAGGAAUGUGACACAAUCAAACAACUUGGAAUAAUAACUAAGAGUGUUAAUCACUUGUACUCUUCGUUAGCACUCAGCAGCAAAGACACUAAAUGAGAUGCACUUGUUAUUUGUAAGCACAUGGAGCGUUUGGAACCAAGUGUCUUCUCUUUCCGUUUCAUUAUUUUAUUUCCUUUGACACAGAAUAUGCCUCCAAAUUCCAGUGUAUUACUGGAUUACCUACAGAUUAAUGUGUUACUAAUGCUGGUGCUACAUCCGUGAACCCCAAACUACCCCCUCAAUGCCCACCUUCACACAAACAUGAGCAUGAACAUGCAACACUGUAGCUGUUACUUUUCAAUGAACUGAAAGCAGUCAAGAUAAAAUGGUUUUGUUACAGUUUGAGGAUUACAAUCUGUAAUUUGCAACGGUUACACAUCAGCAUGUUCGGGAUUGUUCAUGUUUGUUAGGAAGGUUGGGUAAGUAGUGUGGACAGACCGAAGUGCUUGUGGCUAAAGUAGGCAAAUCCACAGUAGUGCUGGUGCCAUGUUUUAUUUAGUGUUUAUUAUUAUUUUCUGGGCACUUCUAUAAGUGGGGAGACUUACUUCCUAUCUGUUUCAUUUGUGUUCUCUUUCUGAUCAAGGGCCCCACUGUACAUAUAUAAUGGCAUUCCUUUCAUUCAUAGAAUGAAUUUUAUGAGUACUUGUUAACACACAUCCUAUGAAUGUAUGUAAAUAAAACCUGUAUGAUUUUAAGGGUGGGGAGGCUGAGGGGAAAAUUAAACAAUGGGAAAUUGUUGUUUGUGGUUAAGAUUUUUAGUGUAAUCCUAAAUGUGUACAUAAGUGUCUUCAUAAAC